AUGGGGGUCGGAUUAAUGGAGAUGUUACUGUUCUUUAUUGGUUGUUUAGCUCUUAAUACUCAUCUGGUUCAUGGGCAAGAUCAAUCAGGGUUCAUAAGCAUUGACUGUGGCAUGGCUGAGGGCACAGACUAUAACGAUGCCACAACCAGCAUCCUCUACACCUCUGACGCUCAGUUCAUCGAUACCGGAACAAAUAAGAGCAUAUCUCCAGAUUUGGAGUCUGAAAAUCUUCCCAAGUACUUGUCCAGUGUUCGAGCUUUUCCAGAAGGACUCAAAAAUUGUUACACCUUCAAACUUGUCCAAGGCAACAAGUAUUUGAUCAGGUCUGUCUUCAUGUAUGGCAACUAUGACUCCAAAAAUCAGGCCCCUGAAUUCGGACUGUAUCUCAACGCGGAUGAAUGGGACUCGGUGAAAUUGGAGAAUUCAAGUGAUGUUGUAGUCAAGGAGAUCAUACAUGUUCAGGAAACCAAUUAUUCGCAUGUUUGUCUGGUGAAUACUGGCUUGGGAACACCUUUCAUUUCAGCUUUGGAGCUAAGGCUGCUGAAUAGUACCAUAUAUAAAACUCAGUCUGCUUCAUUAGUCCUCGCCACGAGGCUUGAUAUCGGUUCCACGAGCAAUGAUACAAUCAGGUUUAAGGAUGAUGACUACGAUCGCAUAUGGAAGCCAUAUACCUCUUCUAGUUGGGAAUUAGUGAGCUUGAGGUAUGCCAGUGACCUGUUGAGCGCCAAUCCUUUUAUCCUACCACCAAGAGUGAUGACGACAGCAGUUACGCCUAAAAAUGGAAGCAGAUCCUUGGAACUGCAGUAUGAUCCAGACGAUGCUACUAAGCAAUUUUAUGUGUAUAUGCAUUUUGCUGAGGUUGAGGAGCUUGGAGAUGGUGGAUAUAGGAAUUUUACUAUAUUACUGAAUGGGGAUUUCUGGUACGGGCCUAUGUCUGUCCAGUACCUCAGUCCUGUGACUGUGUAUAGCCAAUAUACGGUAAGUGGAACUUCCCUAGAGCUUUCGUUAGUUCAGGCAAAUGAUUCCAAGUUUCCACCAAUUCUCAAUGCCGUGGAGCUUUAUUGGGUGAAGGAGUUCCUUCAGUCACCAACUGAACAAAGUGAUGGUGAGUUUGGACCUGUCUUCAAGUGGGUUGUCCGGGAAAAUAGACUCUUCACUGUCCAAUCUCGAAUCCUUACAGUACUUUUAUUUCAUUACAGAGAUUUAUCAAACAAUAGUCUAACUGGAGAAGUGCCAGAUUUUCUCAGCCAACUGCCUCUAUUGAAGACCCUAAACUUAUCAGGAAAUGAAUUCACAGGUUCAGUUCCAUCACUUCUUAUCCAAAGAUCCAAAAAUGGAUCCCUCUCUUUGAGCGUGGAUGGCAAUCCAAAUCUUUGUGUAAUGGCCUCAUGCAACAACAAGAAGAGUGUCGUUAUACCUGUAAUUGCAUCUAUUGCUGUAGUUUUAGUGCUUCUGAUCGCAUUCCUCAUCUUGUGGGGCUUAAAAAGAAGACGACAACAACGGCAAGUCCUUGAAUCCAAAGCCAAUUAUGAAGAAGAUGGAAGAUUGGAGUCAAAGAAUCUGCAAUUUACAUAUUCUGAACUUGUAAACAUUACCAACAACUUCCAAAAAGUACUUGGGAAAGGAGGAUUUGGAUCAGUUUACGGUGGCUACUUGAACGAUGGCACUCAAGUUGCUGUGAAGAUGCUAUCAGAACAAUCAGCUCAAGGGUUUAAGGAGUUCCGCUCAGAGGCUCAGCUGUUGACAAAAGUUCAUCAUCGGAACUUGGCUCCCCUAAUUGGAUACUGUAAUGAAGGACGAUACAAGGGGAUUGUGUAUGAGUAUAUGGCUAAUGGAAACUUGCGAGAACAUUUGUCAGGUGCAGGAAAGGACACUCCGGUCUUGAGUUGGGAACAAAGGCUUCAAAUAGCAGUUGAUGCAGCACAAGCAUUUGAAUAUUUACAUGAAGGUUGCAAACCACCAAUAAUCCACAGAGAUGUUAAGACUUCCAACAUUUUGUUGGAUGGAAAAUUGCAAGCAAAAGUGGCUGAUUUUGGGCUGUCCAGAUUCAUGCCAUCAGAGAGUAGAACUAUUGUAUCAACUCAAGUUGCUGGCACACCCGGCUACCUCGAUCCUGAGUACUACAUAUCGAACAAUCUGAAUGAGAAAAGCGAUGUUUACGCCUUUGGGAUAGUCCUGUUGGAGCUGGUCACUGGCCACCCUGCAAUCAUACCAGGCCAUGAGAACACACACUUAGUUGACUGGCUCAGUCCCAGGCUUGCAGGAGGGGAAAUAAGAAGCAUUGUAGACUCUAGGCUAAAUGGAGAUUUCAACCCCAACUCCGCCUGGAAACUUGUAGAGACAGCAAUGGCAUGUGUGCCCAGAAGCUCCAUACAAAGGCCAACAAUGAGUCAAGUGGUUGCGGACCUGAAGGAGUGUCUGCAGAUGGAAAUGCACCGCAACAAAAGUGCUUCACAGUCUAGAACAUAUCAAGAUACAGCAUCAAGUGCUAAUUCCAUUGAUCUGUUUGCUGUUGAGCUCGACGUCUCAAUGCCUCAUGCAAGAUAGUGAAGUUUAUAUGGACAUUGGUCUCUGGAAAAUUAAGAUUGUUGAAAAUUUUUCUGAAACAUUUCUUGGGUUCUAUCAAUAUUUGUACUUUAAUUAAAAUAGUUGAA